CUGCGCCCCGGAGAAAUUUCAGGCUUUUUUUUUCUGUCCGGAUACGUGGAAGAAAGUGAGGCGGUCCUACAGACAGUCCGGGACAAACUCAACCUACUUCUUUAGACUUAUUUAUUUAUUUUUUAGCAAACAUGGCUCCCUCCACUUCUUGCCACCUCUUCUCCGCGUGUUUGCUGGCCUUUUUCCUCUCGGCGGUGCACUCCCAGUACGAGAAGUACAGCUUCAGGAGCUUCCCCAGACAUGAGCUGAUGCCGCUGGAGUCCGCCUACAAGUACGCGCUGGACCAGUACACGGCGGAGAAGUGGCAGGAGACGGUGGAGUACCUGGAGGUGUCGCUGCGGCUCUACCGGCUGCUGCGGGACAGCGAGGCCUUCUGCAACCUGAACUGCAGCUCCGUGCGUCUGGAGGACGAGCAGAAGUUCGCCGACUUCCCCGAGCUGCGCGCCUUCGGCAACGUGAUGAAGAGGGCGCAGUGCCUGAAGCGCUGCAAGCAGGGGCUGCCCGCUUUCAGGCAGAGCAUGCCCAGCAGGGACACCGUAGACGAGUUUGAGCGGAGAGAGCCCUACAAAUACCUGCAGUUUGCCUACUUUAAAUCUAACAAUCUGGCCAAAGCUGUGUCUGCUGCUCACACCUUCCUCCUGAAACAUCCUGAUGAUGAGAUGAUGCAGAGGAACAUGGCUUAUUACAAGAGCUUACCCGGAGCUGAGGAACAUCUAAAAGACCUGGAGACCAAGUCCUAUGAGACUUUAUUUGUGCGAGCAGUGAAGGCGUAUAACGGAGAUAACUUUCGCACGUCGGUGUCGGACAUGGAGCUGGCGCUGAGGGACUUCUUUAAGGUCUACGACGAGUGCCUGGCGGCGUCUGAGGGUCCGAGACACGUCACAGAAUUUAAACACUUCUACGCCUCUAUAGCCGAUCACUACACCGAAGUCCUUGAAAGAAAGGUGAUGUGUGAGAGCGACCUCACGCCGGUGGUCGGAGGCUUCGUCGUUGAGAAGUUCGUGGCAACGAUGUAUCACUACCUGCAGUUUGCCUAUUACAAACUGAACGACCUGAAGAACGCCGUGCCGUGUGCAGCCAGCUAUGUUCUGUUUGACCCCAAUGAUGAAGUCAUGAACAACAACGUGGCCUAUUACAAGUACCACAGAGACAAGUGGGGGCUGACGGAGGAGGACUUCCUCCCAAGAGCAGAGGCAGUCCGCUACUACAACCAGACCACCCUGCAGCUGCAGAUGCUGCAGUUCUCCAGGGAACGCCUUAUGAGCGAUGAUGAGGGGGAGGUGGUGGAGUUUAUAGACGAGUUUCUGGACGAGGACCCAUAGCACAAAAAAAAAACCAAAAUACUCAAUCACAAAUGAGUAAACACUCCAAAAGUUUGUAUUUAUUUGAAUACUGAGUUUUUAACUUAACAUUUUGGUUUUACCUCCACCUCUAGAGCAUCAACAGUGUUAAUAAUUGGUCAUUUUUGUGCAGUAAAUAUCCAGCUUUGCUGUCUUCUGAAUUCAUUCAUACUGUAAAUCGUGGAUGCUGUUUUUAAUUGACAAUAAAAUACAUUUCCAGAAUU